AUGACAUGGAGGACACCGUCGACGACUUCAUCUGCGCUACAGGCUAAUGGUGGCAAGUCUGCAAUCGCCACCGACGCCAACGUCUUCAAGAAGAUCCUUGGCAAGGCCACCGCUGCAAUGAAGAAGGUCAAGCAUCGCCACCAGAUCUCCGACAAGGUCAAAGACAUAAAGAAGCUCUCCAACGAGUUGGCUGAGCUCCGUGCCAAGUACACACAGCUAGAGGCGUGGGAGCUGAUCUUGCCGCGAGCAUCGCAUCGACCCCGUGUCCUCAAUCUCUACAAGAAAGAGUCGGAUCUCGUUGGCAUCGAAGAGUCAAGGGACAGAGUCAUCAGGAUGCUAUCUAUAGGGACCAAAGAUGAUGCUCAUGCUCAUGCUUCUGAUCAGGACCUAAAGGUAGUGUCUAUAGUCGGGUUUGGAGGAUUGGGUAAGACUACGCUAGCCAUAACGGUGGUUGAUAUGCUUAAGAAACAAUUCGGUUGUUCUGCUUUUAUUUGUGUUGGUAGCACUCCUAAUCUGACUAGGACAUUUGAGAAGAUAUUAGUGGAAUUCGAUAAGAAGUAUAAGCAAGUCGACAUGGCCAGAUGGGAUAUAGAGCAAUUUGGAAACGAACUGCAUGAAUUCUUAACGGAUAAGAGGUACUUCAUUGUUGUUGAUGACAUAUGGGAUGUUGAAUCGUGGAAAGCGAUCAGAUAUGCCUUGAAGGACAAUAAUUGUGGAAGUAGAAUUAUCAUGACUACUCGUAAUUUUGAGGUUGCCACAAAAGCAGGAGAGAGCCAUAAAGGAGAAAGUGUUGAUGGUGUAUCAGAUGAAUUGUCUAGUAAAAUCAUAGAUAAGUGUGGCGGCAUACCAUUGGCUAUCAUUGCAAUGGCUAGUUUAUUGGUUGAAAGACCAUAUGAUGACUGGUCAAAGGUUUAUGACUCAAUUGGUUUUGGGAAUGGAGACAAUACAACGAAGAUACUCUCAUAUAGCUACUUUGAUCUACCUUCUUAUUUAAAACCAUGUCUACUGCACCUAAGCAUAUUUCCGGAAGAUAAUAUCCAUGGUAAAAAGAGUGUCAUUUGGAUGUGGAUAGGUGAAGGUUUUGUCCAUCUUGAGAAAGAGGACGGCAGCCUAUUUGAGGCUGGAGAAAGAUACUUCAACGAGCUUGUCAAUAGAAGCAUGAUCCAAACGAUGGAAGACAGAUAUGAUCGGUUCACACAAUGGUUCCUUAUUCAUGAUAUUGUGUUUGAUCUCAUCAGCAAGUUGUCGAGAGAUGAAAACUUUGUUACGUUUUUGGGAAGCAUGGAGCAACAUGCUUCUCCAGACAGUUUAAGGAGAGAGAAGAAUACCAGCAUGCCUCGUUCGGACAGCAAGGUACGCCGGCUGGCUGUCAAAAAUCACCAUGUGCAACGCAUCCGUGAAGACGCCAUGGACAUGCCAGAGGUGAUGAGGUCACUUAACAUUUUUGAUAGUAAGAUUGAGGUUAUGUCCCCACUUCAUAGCUUCAGAGUUUGCCGUGUGCUAAACAUAGAAAACUGCUACGUCCCGAUUAGCCUAAAGCAUAUAGGGAAGUUGUUGCAUCUCAAGUACUUAGAGAUAUCUGACACACCUGUUGAUGAGCUUCCUAAGGAAAUUGGGCAUCUGAAGUCUCUCCAGACACUGUACUUUGAGAAAACAGGGCUAGACGAGCUGCCACCGGCUGUUUGUUCGCUUACACAGCUGAUGUGCCUGGUAGCUGUUGGGUUUAGAAGGUUGCCAGCUGACAGGAUGGGGAGCCUAACAUCCCUUGAGGACCUACGGCUAGACAGCGUAGUUGGUCGGAAUGCCACUGAGGACCUGGUGGUAGCGCUUGGGAAGCUGACGAGGCUGAGGGUGGCCACUAUCACCUUUUCCGAGGAACUAGAUGAAAACUUGCAAAAAGCAUUGGUGCAAUCUCUUUGCAAUCUGCAGGAACUCCGAGAACUAGUGCUUCCUUCUACAGGAUCAGCGCAACAGGGAGCCAAUGCGUGGGAAGACUGGGAGACACCUAGGCAGCUCCGUCAACUGCUUAUACACUGCAUCAUUUUGUCACGGCUGCCUCGGUGGAUCAAUCGCUGCAGCCUGCCCUGCCUCUGCUCCUUAUCUGUGAUCGUGUAUACUGUUGAAAAACAGGACCUAGAUAACCUGGCGAGACUGCCAGAGCUGAGCUACCUCCUGCUAGGGGUUUCAACUGGCCUCCAGGGUAUACUGUUGCGCUCAAGUUUCAUGCCAAGGCUCGAAGAGCUGUGGUUUAGCGUUUAUGCAGGGUAUUGGAGUUGGGUAGUAAAUGAUGUGCUGUUGGAGCAGUUCCCAACAAAGGAUGAAAUCGAAGAUCUUGACUUGGGCCUGGAUAACCUCCUUUCACUUGAGAAAGUCACCGUCACAGUCUUCUGCUCGGGUGCUACUGCCGCAGAAGUGCAGGAGGUGGAGGACAUGGUCACGCGUGCGGUGGAAAAUCAUCCCAACCGCCCAACUAUAAAAGUGGAUCGAGCAGGUGAAGAAAAUAUGUUAUCUGACGAAAAAAGCGAGGAUCUGCUUCAGCAACACAUUCAACCACGUUGCCGUGUGCUCCGGUCGAAGGAUGAUCCUGAUGCUAGGUUCAUCGCCCACCUGCAGUCGUACCGACUUCUUCAGAAAGCCGUUAUUUCCAUCGACUGUGCGGGUGCCAGCCUGUGUGAGGUGGAGAAAAUGGAACCAGCUUUUAGGCAUGCAGCCGAGGUUCACCGUAAUCAUCCGACUAUCCAUCUGAUCAGAACAAACACCGACGAAAUGGUCUCCUCAUCUGACCAUCCCGACACAGAGACAAUCCCAAUGCCAAAGAAAAAUGGGUAUCCAACAAUGAUCUUAUACAGUGAGUGGUCGGUUUGUGUUGGGAUAACGGAUCCCAACAGAAUGAGGCAGCCGGUUGCUCUGGCACCAAUCAUCCUAGAUGAUGCUAUUAGCUCAUGGAUGAUGGCAGGGUACAAGGGCCUCUCGGCGCUUGUUUGCCGUUGA